AUGAUGCGACAUAUCAAGAGUGACAAUAUAAGCAACGGGGAAACAGAUUCUACAACUGAUGCUGAAGAAUCUGAAUUACAGCCUACUAUUCCACCAAGUGCAGUACAAUUUUGGACAUUUCUCAUCUUCGAAAUACCUUCACUCGCUUGCACCAUCUUCCUUCUUUAUCAUCUUAUUCUUAAUAAGCGCCUACGUACUGCAUUACAUAAUCAUAUCGUCAUGAUUUUACUUUUUCUUACUCUGAUCAUCGAGAUAUUCGAUAAUCCACUGUAUAUAGAUGCCUAUCGUCUCGGUGGGAAUAUGAACUCUUUCGCUUUAACCCCUGGUAUUUGUUUGAUGUGGUGGUUUAUUGACGUUGGAUUCUAUGGUGCCAUAUCUGUACUUCUUGCAUGGGGAGCACUCGAACGACACAUUCUCGUGUUCCAUCACCAUCAGCUGCUUCGAACACGAAAACAACGUCUUUGGAUUCAUUAUUUUCCGUUGAGUAUUAUUUCUCUCUAUAUACUAGUGUUCUAUAUCAUUGUUAUAUUUUUCCCACCGUGUACAAACGUAUUUAAUCUCGAGUCGUUAGCAUGUGGAAUCACUCCAUGCUACGAGCAAGUACCGCUUUUGAAUUCGUGGGAUUAUUUGGGAAAUGGUAUUCUGUGCACAUUCAUUGAAACUGUAUGUAGUGUUGCACUUAUUGUACGAGUUCUUUGGCAGAAACGUCGCUUACAUCAGCCGAUGAAUUGGCGAAAACAUCGGAAAAUGGCAGUUCAGAUUCUCUCGAUUUCUUGUAUAUCGUUAACAAUCGUUUUCCCUCAAUCGUUAAUCAUCGUUAUUCAACAAGUUGGCGGACCGAGUAUGAGUAACUUCGGAGCAGGAGCGAUGCCAUACUUUUUUUAUUUGUACACCUUUGUCGUCUUUCUACUACCGUUCAUAUCACUCGGCUGUUUACCGGAACUAUGGCCAAAACUACUCUUCUUUUGGCCGAAUCGACCGUCUACAGUAGAUAUAAUAACACCGCCACAAGGAGCACUAGGCCCGUCGACAAUAGUGCGAUCGCGACGAACAUAA